AUGGUGCGCUACUCCGUCGACCGACUUCUGGCAGCUAUCAUCGCUUCCCAGCCGAGAAUGGCUGCAAGUCUGGACUACAAAGCCAUCGCGAUGUAUUACGGAGAGGGAACUACCUGGGCUGGGCUGGAGUUCAAGUUGCGCAGCUACAAGAGGCUGGCCCAGGAUCUGAAGGACGAAGCCUCUGAACAAGGAGACUGUCAGACUCCGCCGGUCAGAACCCCGCGAGCUCAUGCAUCUCGCUCGGCUCGUCGUUCUGGCAAGUCAACUGCUUCACAAAAGGGGAAGGAGGGCCUCGAAGAAAAAGCGUAUUCUACUCCUCAGCCGACGGAGCAAAAUCCUUCCCCGUCUGCCAAGACCGAGCCAAUCGUUAUCAAAGACGAGUCGGACACCGAGGGCAUCAAGAAGGAGAUUAGAGACGAUGCCGAAGCGACCGUGAUGUUUGAAGAUACCGACACGGAUCUCGAGGUCAUCGGUUCCGAGAUCAAGCGCGAGAAUGACAGGACCAGAGCCUUGCUCAAGAUCAAGAGCCGAGUCCGCCAGCCUAACGAAGACGCUCCCAGCAAGCGUUACAAGCGCCACCACUCGGAUAUUUCCACGAAUCUCCCCAACCUGCUGGGCCCUGAGCGCUCAGGGCGUAUUGAUAGCCAGUCAAAUGGCUAUAUUCUUCCUAAAACUGCUAGCCGCGUUAAUUUCUCCUUCCCUGCUAUCCGCCGUUCAACUGGAAACAUGACGGAGCGGCUGUCUCUGACUGCUUACGCGGAGGAUGGGAACUCGGAGACCCACUAUUCCUUGGAAGAGAUUUGA